AUGUCGCAGGGUUAUUUAAAGAAAGUAUUAUUGGUUGGUUUAUUCAUCACAUCAUCGGUGGUUUUUGUUUCCCAGAUAAAUUUUUACGAUUUCACAUUAAAAUUUGCACCUCAUUAUAAAACAGAUGACAAUUCAAGACAAAAUAUUGAAAAAGUAGAUUUCAGAUUAAGCUCUUUGGGAAGAAUACGUUCGACCAUAUGGAGUCAGAUUGAAAAUCUUCAAGAAGCAGGGAAUUGUGAAGACAAAAGGAUUCUCCACUGUGAAGUCCUUACGGAGAUAGCUGGAUUUGGGUCUAUGAUGCAUCGUUACGGUGCAUGUAUGCAAGUAGCUUAUGGGUUAGGAAGGAUAGCUGUGAUUAAAAUGAAACAGUAUGAACACUUCGGUGGUUUAGAAAGAUGGCUUUUACCUCUUUCUAAGAAUUGCGAUCAUCUUAAAAACACAUACAAGACCUACAAAAGUAAAUGCAAUGUCCACCAUGCUUCUUGUUAUUUAAAGAACGGUUAUGACGUCAAUAACACUUAUAAAGUCUUAAAGUUUCGACCAGGCCCGAAGUAUCCUUACCCCAGACACAUACCUGGAACAAUACCGGUAGUAAUAGAAGCCGCUUUGUAUAGAUUGAAGAUAGCAGAUCCCAAAAUAUGGUUUUCCGCUCAGUUUUUAGGAUAUCUAUUACUUCGAGCAAAUAAAUCCUUCAAACAGCGGUUGAACGAUUUGAGUAAACAGGUCAAAUAUCAGUACCCAAUUGUCUCGAUGCAUAUUAGACAUGGCGAUAAGUUGUACUAUGAAGCAAAGUAUGUUAAAGAAGAAAAAUUUCUGAUCGCAGCGAAAAGUUAUUUUCAAAAAAAUAACAUUUUAACGCGAAGAAUUUACGUGGCCAGCGAUGAUAAGAAUAUUGAAUAUAAACUUAAAAAGACGAAACAAUCAACAAAUUUUAAAAUUCUUACGCUUCCUAUAGCCUACAGACACAAAGGCUUGCAAUCGUACAAAAAAGCAAAUUUUUCAGCUACCAUUAUCGAGUCGAUACUUGUUGAUACAUAUUUUCUCACUUACUCGAACUACACCAUAUGUACAUACUCGUCAAACAUAUGCAGACUUGUGCAUAUGUUAAAACAAGCGAGUCAACCUGACAACUUGAAAACAAUUGGAGUGGAGUCGGUAGAUAUCAAAAAGAUAUUCUACGAUUUUAACAAGUACGAUACCAAAGAGAUAUUAUAUUUAUCUAGAAAACUAAACCAUCUUGUGACAUAUAAAAACUUUACAUUGCUUUUGUAUCAACGAGGAGAGUUGUUUCGCUUAGCGCGUGACACUAAGGAAGAAAGGAAAAUACCAGAGGAGCUAAUGUUGGUAGAGAAGAAACACAUAGGCUACAAAAAGGCUGGCUAUGUUUUUCGAAGAGAUUUUAUCGAAUGGCCUGGAAAGCCGAAGUAUUAUUUUUACACGUAG